UGCGCAAGCGCCUUCAUGCCAACCAGCCGCCGGGGUGGGAGGAAUCUUGCCGAAUGCCAGCGGAUUUUAGGAAUUUUCUCUGGAACUGGCGCUAGCAGCGAAAUAAACCAUUCCCCAACAUGACACAGUCUAGGUCAAGAAAGCGUCACAGAAGUAGCGAGGAGGAUGAAAUGGAAAAUGCGGGGUUACAGCACCCAAAACGGCACAGUGGAGAAAGAAACGAGUUGAACCCCGCCUGGUUACCAAAUGCAAAGCCAGACAGAAGACAUAAUGGCCAUUUAGGAUCAGAGGACAGUUCCAGUAGCAGCAGUUUGGGCUCCCCAUCCCAGUCAACCAAUCAGCAGGCAGCUACCAGUAACAUUAGCCAAUCAGAAGCCAUCCCUCAUCAACUUCUCCACCAACUGAGUGACAGCAGCAACCAAUCAGAAGAGGAGGUUAUUCUAAAUUACUAUAGCCGUAUCAACAGAGUAUUACACCAGGCACAUAUGGAAAGGUUACAGAGAUUGGGUACUCAACAGCCAGAUUCCAAUGACGUUCUCAGAUAGGUAUUGUAUGAUAAGACCUUAUCCUGUCCAAAGAAACUAUUGUUUUGGAAUCAACAUGUUCUCAAAGUCCACAGUUUUGUCGAUCGAUUCAAAUGCCAUGUGUUACUAGGAAGUUUAGAAGUUGCAAAUGUUUUAGCACAUGAAGUAAUGGUACUGUUGUUACCUUACACUUUGUAUAGUAGAAUUUAGAAAUUUUGCAUUGAGGACAAUAUGUCAUGUUACUCUCUACAUGUUGUUUCCAAUGGAAAAUCCAGUACCAUGUUUGCAUAUUUUACAAAGGUUGAACUGUAUCUUGAUGUAGAGCGUUAGUGUUAUAGACUGUCAAAUAAUAUGUUCAGAAGUGAUACAAAUUUAAGGCUUUUAAUGUAAGUUUCCAUUUUUAGGUAGUUGUAUAUUGCAAUGUCAACCUUACUUUUGAUUACUUUGUGUAUGUCCGUAUAUACAGGGUUUCUUGAUAUCAUUUUGUUAUUUAAGUAUUUUCUCUACAUAAUUAUGAUGUGGCCAGGUCUGAUAUAUGAAUAUAGAUAUUCAUAUACAUCCAUAUGGCCAAACUUUUAAUGGCUUGCCACAUUCUAUACCUAUUAACUCCAUUUCAUGGUAAACUUUUAUAGGCAGAAAAUAAUUCUCAUGCAUACAAAUUGUUUUCUGUGGUAAGUUAAAACAUGUUGGAGGACCAAAUUGUAGACAGAUUCUUGCCACCAUUUCAUCAAUUGAUCCUCAAGAGGAAUAUUAAUAUAUAAUCAAGAUACAUGUGUUGUCCCUUCAGCACACAGUUCCUAUCUGUAGUUGUAUUACUUUGAAACACUGUUGCAUACCACAAAUAUGUUUUUAAUGUCAUUUCAUAAACUGAACCACAUGAAGAAGGAUAUCCUACAUGUAUAAAUUUUGACAUGUUGCCAAGGGUUGGUGUAGGCUCAUAGCCUCCUGCUGCAGGCUUUUGGAGACUGGCACAGGAGAGUUGUUUGGUAGCUAGCUUCAUUGUAACAGAAGUCUCUUGCACCACUUUAUAAUGCCUGCAGUUGGAGGCUAAUUCAUACAUACUAAUGUUACUACGAUUGAGACUUCUCAGUUAUUGGGAUUCACAUUCAUACAAGUUAAAUUGGAGUGAUAAGUUGAAUAAAGAUUCAGUUUUUAGAAGUACAAGCUGUAUUAUUACAUGCCACAAAAAACUUGUGCAAAGGAACUUAGGACUGUGAUUUGGUGCUUGGAAACACUGCCAUUAACAUGAAUUGCCUAUGUCAGACACCUCAACAUCUUUUUCAUUUAUGUUGCCAGACUUGCUAUUUGAUUUGGGACAUGUGACAGUUUAUGGUUCUUACUACAUCUUGUAAUGCAUGUGUACCAUUAAAUUUAUAUCAUUUCUUGCAUUUUGCUGUUUCGAUUGUCCACAUCGAAAAUAUUGCUGCUAUCCCAUAUUGUCCCUGUUGAGCACAUCACCUGAAAGCUUGUUUGAUGCAUUUUUGAUACUAUUUGCUUACCUUCUAUGAUUUUUACUUAUACCGUAUUUAUGAUGAUGAUGAUGUAUUUGUAAACUACUGAAAAUGUGCAUUUGAAGGAUAAUACAGCAUAAGAUCUCUCCACUGUCAAAUGUAUGCAAACUGUCAUACCAUUAACACAAAAGUCGGGACACUGGUAAAGUCUCUACAAAGGAAAGAGAUCAAUUUGACUGAAGCACUGCAAUUAUAUUCUUUGUACCAAGCAAAAUAUUGAUCAAGUUACUCCCUUGUUCCUGAACUGUAAUGCUGGAAACUUUCAACAAAAGCCAUUUGUAUGUCAUUGAGACAAGUUCAUCUUGUUAUAUACUAGUACAUGUUAUGUGAAAAGUUAAUAGCUUGUCUUCCACAUGUUUUGUUUCCACAGAGGAGUUGAAUAAAGU